UGGAUGGAUGGAUGGAUGGAUGGACGGACAACCUACCAGCCACAGUCACAAGUGUUUAAGAAGGCCAGUCCCAACGGGAAGCUCACGGUCUACCUGGGGAAGAGAGACUUUGUGGACCACGUGGACCUGGUGGAGCCCGUCGAUGGUGUUGUGUUAAUUGACCCAGAAUACCUGAAGGAGAGGAAAGUGUUCGUCACGCUGACCUGUGCGUUCCGGUACGGCCGGGAGGACCUGGACGUCCUGGGGCUGACGUUCAGGAAGGACCUGUUUGUGGCGAACAUCCAGGCGUUUCCUCCGCUGCCUGAAGAGAAGAAGAGUCUGACUCGUCUUCAGGAACGCCUGAUUAAAAAGCUGGGGGAACACGCCCACCCCUUCACCUUCGAGAUCCCUCUGAACCUGCCGUGCUCCGUCACCCUGCAGCCGGGACUGGAGGACACCGGGAAGGCCUGCGGAGUCGACUUUGAGGUCAAAGCUUUCUGCGCGGAAAACCUGGAGGAGAAAAUCCACAAGAGGAACUCGGUGCGCCUGGUCAUCAGGAAGGUUCAGUACGCCCCGGAGAAACCGGGCCCGCAGCCGACGGCCGAGACCACGAGGCAGUUCCUGAUGUCGGACAAACCGCUGCACCUGGAGGCGUCGCUGGACAAGGAGCUUUGUGUCUGCAGUGACGUUGUGGCUCCCAGCUCAACGUUCUGCAAAGUUUUCACCCUCACUCCAUUCCUGGCCAACAACCGGGAGAAGCGCGGCCUCGCCCUGGACGGGAAACUGAAGCACGAAGACACCAACCUGGCCUCCAGCACUCUCCUGAGAGAAGGAGCCAACAGGGAGAUCCUCGGCAUCAUCGUGUCCUACAAAGUCAAAGUGAAGCUGGUGGUGUCACGAGGCGGGCUUCUCGGAGAUCUGGCUUCCAGUGACGUCUCUGUUGAGCUGCCCUUCACAUUAAUGCACCCGAAGCCGCUGGAGGAGUCCAUCUACAGAGACGCUCCAGAUGAAGCUCCGAUCGACACUAACCUGAUUGAGUUUGACACAAAUGAUGAUGACAUCAUAUUCGAGGACUUCGCCCGCCAGCGGCUCAUUGGCGCUAAAGACGAGAAGGAGGAAGACGAGGAACCGCUGGACUCACCCAAACCCGACGACAGAUAGAGGCGACGGGCGCCGCGGCCGUCACUGUUGUUGUUUUGCUGCUGUUUGUAGUGUGGAGCCGGCAGAGGUUACCUGUAGGCCGAGCCACAGUCUGGACACCCUCCAAACACUCGGUGGUGGCGUGUUUGUGUGUUUGUUCAUAUCCGUCCUCUCUCUGCGUCCCGCAGGGUGUAGAAUACCGCAGCCUUGUGUCGUCAGGCCGAGCCUCAGCAGGAACUCAGAGCCGGCGGUCGCUGGAAGCAUGCCUCUCUUUGUUCUUCGUAUUUCCAUUAGAGACCGGUCAGGAGUUCAGUUGUGUUGAGGUUAGCUUCAGUGUUUUAUGUUGAAGGGUCUUUUAAAAACAAAAACACUGCCACAUUCGGAUGACUUGCAGCGGUUCCCCCCCAGAUCAACAUCAGGGACUUCAGCUUGCAUCUGCAGGUGGUGAAGAGGCACCGACCCAACGAUCAGCAAGGAACCAGUGCAUGAAAUAUAUCAGUAUUUUAUUGUUUAUUGAGCUCAUGAAUAAUGAAGUUAUCCUUGGUUUGUUCCGACACGUUGAUCAUUUCCCAAAUCAUCAUCAUUGGGUUGAAAUAAUCUUCCAGCUCUGAAAGCUGUGCCCAGCUCACCAGUCGUAGAAAAACCAAAGCAGUGGUAUAGUUAAAGAAAUGCUGUGGGACCCACUGGAACAUGCAUGUUGCUCCUAAAUGACACCAGAGAUCGUUACGAGUCCAACUCCACACAGUUCUGCUGUACUUCAUGGUUCUUCUUAAAACCCAGCCGCGGUUCUGACAUCCAGGUGAAGACAGUCCUGCAAGAUCAGUGAAAAGUGGCCUUAAUUAAUGACAUUUCUUAUGUAUGGUCCCAACAGCUGGUAUGCAGACCAACCAGCCAUAAGAUUAUGACCACCCUAACUUUAAUAGGUUGCC